GGCAGCCCCCCGCCUGGACUUGACAGACAAGACGUCCCUGCCUGUCUGGCCCAGACAGUCUGGGGCUUACCAAGAAAAAAAGAGAAGAAGAAAAAAAGGAAAGAGAAAAGAGGAAAGAGCAAAUUAAGCGCGCCAACCCAACUGUAAAAGCCCUCUCUGCCUCUUCUUCCAUCUCUCAUUCCUUUUACUUUCUCCCACUUUCUCUUUAUCUCUUCUACAUAGUAGUAUCCCUCUCCCCCUCCAUCCCCACCCCUACGCGGGUUAUUUUUUUAUUAAUCAAUUAAUCAAACCACACUCCACUCCUCUUUUCCUCACACGUACCGUAUAUACUCAUUGGUAUUAGACUGAAUCCCUCUUUUUUUUCUUGUCUUACCUCUUUCGCUACCUUCCCUGUAUUACCUCGCUACUAUAUACAUAGGUAUACACCCUUCCCCCUUCCCCCUUCCCACUGUCGUGCGACUCUCGGCCUAAGCACACAACAUCACUGAGCCCAGCUCCCCCGACUCGGGAUCAUGGGCUCCUUGCUUUCCGACCGCGUCUAUAUCGGCAUACGGUGAAGGUUGGGACACCGACCGGAAACAUAUGGGCCUGCACGAGGCGCAACUAAGGAACUCGGACGCGAUGAGCCAAGAUCUCGUCCAUUUGAUUCGGAAACCGCAGCUGUCGCCCGAAUCUGUGGAUUCAGCCUUGAGUCCCACCGAAUAUACUCAUGACUUAAUACCCUAUGGCCUCACUCAGGAAUCUUGCUUACAUCCUGCCCCGUGGUGCAGCGAACAGCUCGUGCAAACACCCGACUUCGCCGAAGAAAUCGAAUCGCCCAAUGGCUCAGUACAGACCCCGACUGGAUCUAAUGCAUCCAAUGCAUCUAAGCGCACUCAUCGUAAGAGAACUCAUAGCCCAGAUGUCUGGGAAGCUCACAAGGCCGAGAUUGCCCGGCUCUAUCUAGAGGAGAAUAAACGUCUCAAGGAUGUAAUGGAAAUCAUGGAAAGCCAAUGGGGCUUUCGCGCCUCACAAAAGAUGUACAAGACGAAGCUCACCCAGUGGAAGUUCUUCAAGAACAAUCGCCAAACAGACGUAGCCAACCUCCUCUACUUGCAGCGCCACCGUCUCGCUAUCGGAAAAGAGAGUACCUUCCGGCGAAAUGGCAAGCCUCUCGAUGUAGAGGCGUACAUGAGGAGAAGAGGAAUUAGCGCUUUUGACCUGGUCGAGGUGGCGGAUUCCAGUGACUUGCCCCCGACUGUAAGAUGCCGAACGCCGCCCUCGCUUCCGAAAAUCAUAGAUCCUCCUGAUGACCUCCGUCUUAAAGAGAGGUUCUUCCAGUGGACGUCUCAAAAAUUCGUGAAGCCUCGGCCGAUUGAGACCGGUUACUUAAAGAGGCUCGAGUCACACCAUACGAGUAAAGCCCUUCAUUCCGUUCAGCUCCUAACCCAUGGAUGCUGGCUUUUCUCCACCGGCCAUAACCAGGAGGGCGGCGACUUUUGCCGCGGAGCCUUUGCCCUCCUACAUCAUAUCCUCGACACAUCGGCCUUCCUUUCCUUUUUCGAAAUGAUGAUGACGAUUCGCCGAUACCCCAAAGCCGAAAUCAUCAAGGAACUCUGGAGCUAUCUCUCACGGUACGCGGCGGCAAUCGAUGGAGUAAAUCAACCAUUGUGCCGAGUAUUGACCGCUUUCGCCAACUUCUCACAACAUCAUAGCUUGGAGUACAAUAUAGAGAUCUUGGACUGGGCUUUGAGAUGGGCCUCUGGCCGAUUCAACAGUUCCUUCGACGGGAAGCCAUUUGACUAUACCAUGCUGAAACCAUGGGAUCUCGUUCCUGUAGGUGAAUCAUAUCACCGCUAUUACCUAUGCUUGAACCACUGGGAAGUCGAUUCCAUCCCAACGGUGACGAUACCGAGUUUAAACGAGUUCGAGGACCCUUCGAGUCUACGAGCGGACCUACUUCUCAUUUUUGGUAACCAAACCUCCUGGCGUGAUGAUAGGAUAUCCAAGGUUGCGCUCAAAGUUCUAGAACAAAACCGGUCGUCACCCAAGCCCUCUGAUUAUUUGGAAUAUGUCUGCCUAUACGCUACAGCCCGGCAUAGUAAAGUGCGAUCUGCUGGGGAUGACGCCACGAUAAGCAUCGACCACAAGCUAGCAAGGGAAUACCUGCAACUAGCUGUGGAUCUUCAAGGACGCGCUUGGCCUCCGGGAAAGAAUUAUUUCGAGGCUUUAACGAUGCUCGAAGAGUGGUAUCGUGAGGCUGGGGACUAUGAAUCUGCGGAUGCCGCACGAAGCAAACGCGACCAGAAUCAAAAACAUGUAUUGAUUGCUUUGCGUAAAUGAAGGGUGGCUGAGGCUUUACCAAAAUGAGGUCAUGCGGCAUGACUACAUUUGUGGAGGGGAACGGAGCGAGCGUUUGGCUUGACUACUGGUUCAGUUGGGAAGCGUGCUUGUCUGGCGUUGAGGCUCUUGGGAGAUAUAUAUCCUGCCAUUUUUCUUCUUUAUUUUUGGGUUCAUCCCGAACGCGUAUAUAUCUAUAUACCUACUUAUUAAACCCAACCACCCUAUUCUAUCUACUAGUUGAACUCUUCUGAUCUUCUGAUUAGUUUGAGAGUCUUACUGUACGCACAGAUAGAUGUAUUCGUGAUUCAAUAAUGACAUUUGGAUGUAUUUCGGGAAUGUAUAUGGAAUAUAUAUGGAUUGUUGAAAGAUCGCUUUGAGUAUAUCGCUAAAUUUCUUUUUCAUGGGCCAUUCUCCCUUCCACGACAUUAUAGAAUAAGUUGCCUUCUUAAAUAUGUGACUAUUGCCAUAUCCGGUUCCGAUGAUGAUGACAAUGUUGAUUCUUUGUCUUGCCUCUUGUCUCACAGUGGUGGCGUUGUAAUAUGCUUCAAGAAUGAAUAGAAUCAACCCGAUAGACACAAUCUAUAUAUAUGACAUAACACCACGAUAUACUAUAUAGUUAGUUAACUAGAGUAAGAAAAGGAUCAAGGCGAGGUGCCGUAGGCUAGAAAGCUAAAAAGGAGGCGUGUGGCCUAUUCUAUCUGGAUUCUGGAUCCCAUCCCAAUAGUACA